AUGGAAUCCCUCAAAACACCCAGCACGGGCUGGAAGUCCUGGACGGCCAAGAAGAAGGCCCUCGUCCUCACCUCCAUCCUCGUCUUCAUCGUCGCCGUCGCCGUCGCGCUCGGCGUCGGACUCGGACUCGGCCUGAACAACGACAACGACAAUGACGAAGACAACAACGACAACAACACCGGCGGAAACAACACCACCAACAACACCAACGUCUGGCAGCCCGCCGUCGGCACCUCCUGGCAGAUUGUCCUCCGCUACCCGCUCAACGAUACCUCCGUCGACGUGGACGUCUACGACAUCGACCUCUUCGACAACGAAAAGGAAAUGAUGGACGAGCUGCACGCCGACGGCCGCAGGGUCAUCUGCUACUUCUCCGCAGGCACCUACGAGGACUGGCGCGACGACGCAAGCAAGUUCCCGUCCAGCGACAUCGGCGAUAACCUCGAUGAGUGGGAGGGCGAGAGCUGGGUGAACAUCAGCUCGUCCAAGAUCCGCGACAUCAUGCUCGACCGGUUGGACAUUGCGGUCGAAAAGGGAUGCGACGGCGUGGACCCCGACAAUGUCGACGGGUACGACAACACGAACGGCCUGGACCUCAGCGAAGACGACACGGUCGACUACAUGAAUUUCCUCGCGGAGGAGGCGCACUCGCGGAAUCUCUCCAUCGGAUUGAAAAACGCCGGCGCCGUGAUCGAUCGCGUGAUCGGGAAGAUGCAGUGGAGCGUGAACGAGCAGUGCGCGCAGUACGACGAGUGCGAUACGUACGCGGCGUUUGUGCGCAGGGGCAAGCCCGUCUUCCACAUCGAGUAUCCCAAGGGCGACGACACGAACAACCAGGUUUCUGUUACCGGGGCGAAGAAGACGAAUGCUUGCGACUUUGACGACUCGGAUGAGUUCUCGACUCUCAUUAAGAAUAUGGACUUGGAUAACUGGCUGCAGGAGUGUUAG